AUGAAAAAGACCGAUUUAUAAUUUGGCAACUUAAAUCAGUUGAAGUAGCACUCUAAUAAUGACAGAUACUACACUGGGCAGCAUGAAAUAGAGCAGCCACAUAUUGUCAAUAAUGAUACUAAUUCUUCAAAAAUAUAAUCAUAGCAGUAACAGUAUUUGCCUGAUAUCAUUGAGCUCCCUGAUCUUAACAUUCCGAUUAAUAAAACUUCGAGAUAUGGAAUAGGAAAGCCUAAAUUGAAUUUGAGACCGCCAAAUCUAAAUUUACUGAACUCUACGCUGUUUUCCCCAGAAAAUUUAAUGAGAAUCACUAAUAGGCCAAAGACUAAGACCAAAAUAGAACAUACACCGACAAGUAAAAUAGUAAAUUAAUCUCUAGAUCUGCGAAAAUAAAUUAGGAAACUCAACAAGAGUAUCAAUAUUUCUGGAAUAAGUAAUGUUGACGACAUGCUGAAUGCUUACCAAAUUGCUGGAUUUGAUAAGCUUGGCAUUAAUGUCUAAAAUCUCAUCAAAAAAAGAAAAACUAGGAAUAGUCCUCGUAAAAUGGAUGAGUAGACUUAUAAUAGUGUUGGAAUCAAGAACAAAGGUAUAAGUUAAGAAGUAAUAUCACGGUAUCUAAAUCAAGAUACCACUUUGGUAGAGCAAGAAAACAGCAGUUCAUAAUAAGACUCACUCUCAAAGCAGUAUCCGAAUCUAAAGUCAAACUUAUUUUCUUCGAGAGUUAUCGAGAAUGAACUUGAAAAAAGAAGGACAAUUAAUGAUUUCAGUGCAACUACCUCACUAACGCCAUUUGAAUAAUCAGGCAGAUAUAUAUCAGAUAAAACAAGAGUAGAUUCUAUUUCUCCAACAAACCUGAUGCAGCACAUCAAUAUUUAAAACAUGUAAAAGAAAAGACGCCAAUAUAAGUUCAUUAACAGCUCAAUUGACUAUCACUAAAUUCCUAGAAACUUAAUAACUCUUUAAAUGACCGAUCAAAGAGAUUAGCUAUCUCGAACAAAGAUGCAAUAACAAACUUCAACAAAAGAAAACCUUUUCUAAACAAGAAACAAUGAGAUAAUAGAGUAAUUGAGUACUGAUUUGCAAAAGAAGUAGGAACUAAUUGAAAGACUUUCAAAUGAGAAUGAAAGACUAUAGAUGAGGAUUAAUAAGAUGCAGCUAUAAAUAGACUAGAAUAAAACACAAAGUGAAAGAAAUGUAAGCAAUUACCACUAAAACUAUAUUUUUAGGGAUUUGACUUAGAUAGAAUUAUCAAAAUGGCAAAUCAGUUAGAGGAUCAAGAAGACUUACUAUCACAAGCUAUAUAAGAAAGUCUAAUUGAAAGAAUUGAUUGCUUUGCAUUUUUUUAGAGAGUAUAAAUCCUUGAUGCUGAAUUAAAGAACCAAUAAAUACGCCAUGACCUUUCAUCAUAGCAUUAAGAUACCAAAAUCAAACUUGUACUAUAAAUCUCAUUUACAUUUUUAUAUCUAGUUAGAAGAUGCUUUAACCAAAAGGAAUCAUGAUUUUGACUUCGCUGAAGAUAACAAUAGAUAACUGCUAUCACUAUUAGAAAAAUAUGACUUAAAACUUGAUGAGUUAUAGGAGGAGAAUGAGAUAAAAGAGAUGAAGCUAUAUGAAUAUGAAGCUAAGGUAAAUCCUAAUAUAAUGAAUUCAACUCAGACAUCUAAAAAGCAAGAGAUGAAUCAGGUCUUAGCUGAUUACCCAUAAAUAAAUUCAAGUGAAAGCAUGUAGCUGGUGCUGAAGAUUGAUUAGAUUGAUUCUAAGAUAGAAUUUAUUAUGAAGGUUUUGAAUAGAAUUAGAGAAGUACAUUGUAAUAAUCCUUAGAAAUAUUAGAAUUAGAAUCAAAAAUAAAAAUAGUAAAGGGAGCUUGACAUUGAAACUUCUGAAAAAUUAGUCUCAGAAUUGUUUAAUAAAAUCAGACUAUUUGAAAGAGGAGGGAAGAUCUAAUUUCCAGACAAGACAGGAGGAGUUCUUACUCCUUAGGAAAUGAACUAAAUAUAAAUUGUUAUGACCGACAAUGAGGACGAGCAAUACACAGUGCUAAUAAAUGAAAGUUAGCUUCUUAACAAACUGAAGGAUACCAAAAUAUCCGAAUCAUCUUUGCUUGUUGAAAAACUCAGACCAUAUGAUAGCAGUAAAUUCUGA